CCCCCCUGCGCAUGCGCGCACGGCGUCGCCCGCGUCUGAGGACGAGUCGCGAGCUCCCGCGCGUGCGUCCGAGGGCCGAGGCAGAGUGCGGCUGCGCAUCCGCGGAGGGAGGCGGGCGAAGGAAGUAGUGCGCACGCGCACCCCCAGGGGCCCGCUCCGGAGCGGGGACGUUACUCUCCGCGCAUGCGCACAACCCCUGCGGGCCUGGUGGUCAGCGCGCGUGCGGGCUGCGGUGCCUUUUCCUUCCCUCCCCCUUUCUCUUCAGCGCGUCUCGUUUUUGCCACCAUUUUGUGCCGCAACCGCGGCUUUGCGCGGGGUGUUUGUUUUGUUUUGUUGGGUUUUUUUUUUAACCUGCCUUGCUCCGCGCGUGCGAGUCGAAACAACGGCCCUAUGGCGGAGAGUCAGUCAGCGGCCGGGCAGGGAGAACCUGCCUCCGUGGGUGGGUCGGGAGUCUCCAGUUCGGAGUCGGAAAACCGGCGGCGGCUGAGCGAGCUGCGCGUCAUAGACUUGCGGGCGGAACUCAAGCGCCGCAAUUUGGACAGCAGCGGGAACAAGAGCGUCCUGACGGAGCGGCUCAGGAAGGCUAUUGAGGAGGAAGGGGGGAAUCCUGAUGAAAUUCCAGUAGUUUCAGAAAAUAUCAUGAAGAAAACUCCCAAAAGAAGCAGCAAAGGACGUAGACCAGAUGAAGAGGGAGUAGAAGAUAAUGGCCUGGAAGAGGAUUCGGGAGAUGGACAGGAGGAUAUUGAAGCAAGUUUGGAUAACUUGCAGGAUAUUGACAUGAUGGAUAUUAGUGUGUUAGAUGAAGCUGAAAUAGAUAAUGGCAAUGCGGUAGAUUGCGGAGAGGAUUACAGUGCUGAUAAUAUUCUUGACUCACUGUCUGAUAGUAAAGAAAAUGCUGAUGCAGAAGUGAAAGAACUUCCAGAUCAGCCUACAGAAUAUGCUAUGGGUAACUUGGAGGCAUCCCCACAAUUCUCAGAAAUUAAAGAAGAAUCAAGAGAAAUACCAAUAGUGAUGGUAGAGGUUGAAGAUGUUGGAAACAGUUUAGGUGCUUCUUCGUCUGAUUUAACCGUAAUAAAGGAGCUUGGAGAGUUACCUUUGGAGCCAGAAAAUGAGAAAAUACUCGACAUUUUGGGGGAAACUUGUAAAUCUGAACCACUUAACGAAGAAACUUGCGAAGCGGAGCAGCCACAUGCACAGGAAGCAAGUAACGUGGUGCCAGGCAAGAGGCUAGCAGAGGAAGAGGACGCUCUUGCUGCCACUCAGUUGGAGGAAGAUGCUUUAGAUUUGGACAGCAAAUCGGCACAAGCUAUGGCAAGGAAGGAAGCAAAGCGUUUAGUUGUAGCAAAAGGGGAGACAAGGGAACAGACAAUAGAGGAAGAGAAACCGGACUCUGAAUCUUUAGUAGUAGAGACCCUAAGCGAUCAGAGUAGCAAACGCUCCCAAGGCCUGGAAGCCUCUAGUGGGGAAACAGCGGAGAAAGGCGCAGGUCCUGAAGGCCAAGAUAGCAAAGAAGAUGGCAAGAAAACAGAAGACAAAGCUAAUUCUGAGGAAUCCUCUGCCACUAAAGAGUCCUCAAGCAGUGAGGGCGGUGAUCAGAAAAAGAGCCCUGUUGAGGAGGACAGAGAUACAAAGAUAAUCUCAAAGGAUGAUAAAGGCCGCGCGGGUAGUGGUUCUGGCAGGAAUUUGUGGGUUAGUGGACUUUCAUCCUCUACUAGAGCUACAGACUUGAAGAAUCUUUUCAGCAAGUAUGGGAAGGUGGUUGGUGCAAAAGUAGUGACAAAUGCUCGCAGUCCUGGUGCUCGCUGUUACGGCUUUGUUACGAUGUCAACAUCUGAAGAAGCCACUAAGUGCAUUAAUCAUCUCCACAGAACAGAGCUGCAUGGAAAAAUGAUUUCUGUGGAAAAGGCAAAAAAUGAACCAGCUGGAAAAAAGCCGUCAGACAAAAAGGAAGGUGAAACAAGGAAGGAAAAAGACAAGCAUCAUUCUGCGGAGUCCAAAUCUGAGAAGUCUGUUGGUACUAAGAAGGAGGAGAAGACUGAUAAAAAAGAUGAUGCUAAGAAAUCAGAAAAAGAUGGAAAAGAUGAAAAAGAAGGAAAAGAGAAAGAUGAACAAAAGGCCGGAUCCUCUGAUAGAUCUAGGGCAAGCAAAUCAGUGAGUCGAGGAACUGAGAGGACAGUGGUAAUGGAUAAAUCUAAAGGAGAACCAGUUAUUAGCGUGAAAACUUCUACAUCAAAAGAGAGGAGUACAAAAAGCCAAGAUCGCAAAUCUGAGAGCAAAGAAAAGCAAGAUAUUUUAUCGUUUGAUAAAAUCAAAGAGCAGCGAGAACGUGAACGUCAGAGACAGAGGGAACGAGAAAUCAGGGAAACGGAAAGACGCCGAGAGAGAGAGAGGCGAGAACGAGAACAACGUCUUCAAGCUAUUCAUGAGCGGGAUGAAAGACAGAGGCUCCAGAGAGAGCGAGAGCGACUUGAAUUUCAAAGGCAGCGUCUUGACAGAGAGCGCUUGGAGAGGGAGAGAUUGGAGAGAGAAAGAAUGCACAUAGAGCAGGAACGGAGACGAGAACAGGAACGAAUUCAGCGGGAGAGGGAAGAGCUGCGACGUCAGCAGGAACAGCUGCGCUACGAACAAGAACGGCGAUCUGCCAUGAGAAGGCCUUAUGAUCCUGACGGCAGGCGAGAUGACCCGUACUGGCCAGAGGCAAAGCGAAUGGCGAUGGAUGAUAGGUAUCAUUCUGAAUUUAGUCGUCAAGACCGCUUCCACGACUUUGACCACAGGGAUCGUGGCCGAUACCAAGAUCAUUGUUUGGACAGAGAUGGUUCAAGAGGAAUACCAGAUCGAGAUGGGCAGCAUUACUCAGAUGAACGCCAUGGAGGGCCCGAUCGUCACUCCCGGGAUAGUUGGGGUGGCUACGGGUCUGACAGAAGAAUGAGUGAAGGGAGAGGGAUACCUCCACAAACCCGAGAUGGACGUGACUGGGGAGAUCAUGGUCGAAAGUUAGAGGGGCAUCAAGAUCGUUCAUGGCAGGGAAAUGUGGAUGGAGGAAUGAUGGGACGGGAUCAUGAGAGAUGGCAAGGUGGUGAUAGAAGCGUGCCUGGUCAGUCAGGACCAGGCCAUGUGAUGAAUCGAGGAGGGAUGUCGGGGCGUGGAGGCUUUACGCAAGCUGGAAACCAGAGCCAGAUGAUGCAGAGUAGUGGAAUACAAGGAGUGUUUGCGGGCCAGGAGCGGCCAAACAGACCGACUGAACCCCGUUUUACCCGCCGCUACUGAAAGCACUAUAUAUAUACAUAUAUAUAUAUAUUAUUUUUUUUUAUUGCCAGAUGUCAAUGGUGGUAAUUUUAUUAACCAGGGUCACCUUGAAUUUGUGAUUACAAAAAGCGAGACUGCUGCCGCAUUGUAGCCAAACGUUACAUCAACUUAUCAGUUGGGUUCCUUCUUUUUUUUUUUUUUUUUUUUUUUGUAAUAAAUGUGUUCUUGGUCAAACAUCACUUAAAGUUUCUGUUAGUGAAACAUUCCAUUUUUCAAAAAUAAUAAAAUCAGUUUAUGGCUACUAA